AUGCCGCCAGAUAUCGCCAUCAUCACGAUCACUGAUUUCACGCUCAAGCUCCUCCCAUUCCCCUGUUAUAAAAUACCCUUUGAAUUCGAUAUCGACGCAGUUGUUUCAAAUAUUAAUCACAGAAAGACUCUUACAACAGAAGACACACCAACGCGACCAAACUCUCAAGCCCAAGUCGCAAAAAUGGCAGACUCAGCAACAUCAGCAGCUGCAAACCCAACAACGGCUACCCCACACUCCACAACUCGUCAUCCCCACACCCUUCCCCAAACUCCAACCCAUGCCUACCUCAUAACGCACACACAAAAGGCCGCCAAAAAAGACACCGAGAUCCGCGACCUUUCCUCACAAAUCUCUGCCGUCUACUCUGCCUCAGCAGGUCCUUCCCUCUCGGACGCCACCUCUCAAGUAGCCUCAAACCCAACCCCACCUGUUUACACCCUUCACAAAGACAACCUCCUGGGCACACACUUCACCUUGCGCGAUGGCGAAGGAACCGAAGUCGCAGAAUGGAAGAACCCCGUUGCGAGCGUGCAUUUCGGUCACAGAGUUCAGAUGCGAUUUAUGGACCCGGAACACAAGGGAGUAGAAGGGCACCUGGAGGGUUGGUCAGAGUCAUUUACAAACGAAAUGACGAAGUAUAUGUGGGAAAUGGAUCCGGUGAAAGAAGAGCUGCAAAUGUUAUUCAAGAUUACUGGGCCUCGUACAUCAAAAGCACCAGAUGGGGAGAAACUCCUAGUCGCCAUCUUCGCAGCCGAAAAAGCACAUGUACCCUCAGGAUUACUUGUGCUUAAUCAAGGGGAAAUCGAUCCGUUACUUUGCUUAUUGACACUUUGUGCACUUUUAGACGCACCUAAGAGCCAAGGACGUAUCGAUCGCGUAGCGGAGUUUAUGAUCUCUGCAGUUAUUGGCUUGUAA